AAGAUUAGGUGGACAAUUUUAUCGGUAGAUACCGUCAGUGGAUCUUAAAAUUUACCUUAUUCUAAAUAACUGCUCAAAAUGCCGUGGUUCAGCAGUUCUUCGCCGUUUGAUGGAGACGUGGAGAAAGCCACAAAUGAAAUGAAUACCCAGGAGGACUGGGCAGUGAUAAUGGAGGUGUGUGACAAGGUCACAAGGUCAUCAUCAGGUUCCAAAGACUGUCUGAGAUCCAUAGUGAAGAGAAUGAACCAUCGUGUCCCUCACGUCUCCAUGCAGGCUCUGACGCUGUUGGAUGCCUGUGUGAAGAAUUGUGGCAGGAACUUCCACCUGGAGAUUUGUUCUCGUGACUUUGUCGGGGAGUGCAGGAGUUUGAUAGGACAGAAGGCACACCCGAGGGUUGCACAGAAGUUGAAAUUGCUGAUAAAAAAGUGGGCAGAGAUGUCAGAAUUUAAAGAUGACCCUGCACUCAAUUUGAUCCCUUCGUUUUACAAAAGCCUCAAGGAUGAUGGUCAAGACUUUGCUGACUUAGAUAGCACAACGCCAAAGACAGUUCAGGUCAGCACAGACCCUAAUGUUGUUCAAAGUCAGCAAGAAGAAGAUGAUAUUGCCAAAGCAAUUGCCCUGUCACUAAAGGAGGCUGAGAAGUCACAGCCAGCCAAGGUGACUAGCCUGUACCCCACUGCAGGUAUGACCUCCUACCCUACCUACAGUACCCCGCUCACUGCCCCCAAGCAGAAGGAGGUCCGCAAGGUACGAGCGUUGUAUGAUUUCGAGGCGGCGGAGGAUAAUGAGCUUACUUUCAAGGCUGGAGAAUUAAUUAGUGUUUUAGAUGACAGUGAUGCCAACUGGUGGAAGGGAUAUAACCACAGAGGAGAGGGACUGUUCCCAGCAAACUUUGUCACAGCUGACCUCAGUGUCGAGCCAGAAGAGAGCAAAUCAGAGAAGAAAGUUCAGUUUAGUGAAGAGGUGGAGGUGAAGACAGUAGAGCCUGUAGCAGAGGAACUGGAGAUUGACGAGGGGAAAAUAGAGGAGUGUUUGCAGAUGAUCCAAAAUGCGGAUCCCACAGGAGAAACUCAACCGGAUACCCCGGAAUUAAUCCAUCUAGAAGAGCAAUGUAAAGGGAUGGGACCUCUGAUUGACAUGGAACUUGAACAGGUGGACAGGAAGCACAACUCAUUGAUGGAGUUGAACGCAAAGGUGGUAGACGCGUUACAGAUGUACCACAGUUUGAUGAAGGAGAUACCCGGGUACAUGGGCAAACCUUCAAAUCAAUAUCCUGCACCCUCACUUCAACAACAACAACAACAUCAUCAUCUCCCACAACAACAAUAUCCACAGCCUAUUUAUAACGGCCAGGCACAAUAUAUGCCCCAAGGAGGUUUACACCAAGGGCAGACAACUCUCCCACAGGGCAUGGUGCAACAACAACAACCACAGGGACAACACAUGGCUCAACCCAGUCAACAACAACAUUAUAAUAGUGCCCCCGCAUCAAUAUCUGUGUCGAGUUAUGGUCCACAAGUUUCCACCUACAACCCGCAAGGCGAGCCUUCUCAGAGUGCAAUGCAGCCAUCAAUGAAUAUGCAGACAAUGUAUGCGACGCACCAGAUGUCUGCGCCUCCUCAGAUGUACCAGGCGCAGCAGCAGCCGUUGUUAUAGAUGGGCCUGCCACGCUUAAUCCACGCCGUGUCCGUUGUCCCAGGACUUAACCUGUACAUACAUUACCUAGGUUUUAAUAUCUCUCCGUGUUCGUGGGGGUUUGCUUUCCAGUAGUCGCUUGAUGGACUGUGGAGAUGUGGGCGUCUCUGAUAGGACCCAUCAUGCAGUUCCCAAUCAGCGGUGUCCAGAUACUCAAGGGAGACUACUCAUGAUGUCAGGGGAGAUAAUCAUUAUUGACCUGCGAGCAGAGGCCUCAAAUUACGCAUUAUUAAGUGUGUAGCAUUUGGACAUCUUUUGGUUGUUCCCUAGGAUUUCAAAUUUAAAUGUGAAGAGCCUUAUUAAUCCACAAAUGAUGGUGAGAUUGGGAUAAAGUCUUAUAAAAAGUCUCCGGAAGUUGACGCUAUUUUUCUCCUUAUUUCAUUCAUGUGAUAAAGAGAGGUUAAAUUCACUUAUAAAUGGAACUGUCAUGUUAUUAAUAUUUGAUUAUGAAGGAAGUGAACUACUGUAAGCCUUCAACCUUUUCACAGGUUUGCAAGGUGCUUAUUCAAGCAUAUUCUGAAGGCAUUAUCCUGUGUAGAUUGAUAAAAUUAUUCUUUUUUUGAAGCCCUGAAAUUGGCCAGUCCAACCAAUGUAGUUUUGUCACCAAAAACAAAUUCUAAAUGUGCAUAAAUUGCACUGAAAGUUGCUCUUUAAUAUUGGGAAAAGGUUGAGGAAUUAAAGUAUGCAUGUAAGAAGGAAAAUGAACUUAUUAGUGAUGCCACCGAGCAAAUGCCAUGACAAGUUCAGAAUAUUAGCCACCUUUUUUUUCUCUGGAAUGCAUGUGAAGACCUCAGAGUGAACAGUUCUCUGUUCAUGAAGCAAUUAAGUGUAGCAGUGAUUUUAUCUCAAUCUCAUGAUCACGUGGAAAAAAAAUCUAGACCAAAUUUGCAUGUAUAUACCAAAACUCACAAAUUGUGCUAGUUACAGUAAACAAGCAGCUUUUUCAAUUUGGCCUAAGAUAUACAAAAUAAAGCACACCAUUGACUGUUUUGAAUGCCAUACACCAGCGUGGUCGGUGGACGGCUGAUCGAGUCUGAUUGUAGAUACUGGUUAGUAGUGUUUUUGUUUGUAAAUGUUGCUCUAAGUAGUCAUGGCAUAAUUUAUACUAAAAACGUCAGUUUGGUGACAUGGCUACCCCACCUCGCAUCAGCGCCCUGCUCAUUACAAAUUAGCAAAACUAGUCUUGAAUCAUUCACACCUGUAGGUGCGUGUAUAUAGAAUGUAUAUAUAUAUAUAUAUAU